GUUUCGUAAUCCCAAGAGAGUUUGGAUAAUUUUAUCCGGCUACCUGUCCGAAAUAUUAUAAUCACCAUUUGACAGCGAACUUUGUUUAGAUAAUAUGGCAACGUCUUUAACUCAUCUAUUUUCAAAAGAUCGCGUAUGUAUUAGCAAUGUGGCAUAGUAUUUAGCAUAUCUUUUGUGUUUUGUACUGUGUAAUGUGUCUACAGUUCUCUGCGGCUGAGAAAAGGCAUGCCGAUACUGCCAGUUUGUAUAUAAACACUGUCGAUCUUCGGUACAUUAUAUUUCGUGGCAUAUUACAUUACUUUCCUUAUAUUGUGUUUAUUAGACAUUUAGGCCGAAGAAAAAAUGGGAUCAGGGAUCUUUGAGGCAUGGGCUUCACAAGCAAGCGAAAGUGAGUACAAAAACUUUUAUUGUUCUCUCAGAUAUAAAGCAUGGGAAUAAGGAAGAAUUCUAAAUCGCAUCCGGUGAUUAUUUUAACAUGUAAAUUUGUCAUAUUUCGGUGAUUUUGUUGUCUUUUAAUAUUAAAUUUGUUACAUUCGUCACAAAUUUUUUACAUUGGUCAAAAUUUGUUACAUUGAGGACUAAUUUGUUACAUUUAUGUUAAUUUGCUAUAAUUUUAUAUAUUGAUCAAUUAUCUGCACUGACCUUUAUUUGAUACAUUGUCAGUAAUUUGCUCUCGAUUAAUUGAAUACAUUACUGAAUAAUCUGUUAGAUUUUGACUAAAUUUCUUAUGUUUGUUAUUUCAGGCAACUUUACAGUCAGGUCUUGAUCUAAGAUCUUGUGUCAAAUUACCGCCUAACGAAACAUUAGAAGACUGGAUAGCUGUUCACGGUUGGUACACUAUUUUUAUUGAUUAGCUCUAUCAGAUAUAAGUUCAGUUAGGCCCAUCUCGUAUUGGGCCUGGUGAAAUUAUAGUUGCACAAGAGAUAUAAUAUGCUUUGUCCAACUAAAAUUUCCAGGUUUGAAUACUGCAAUUUGCAGGAUACGAACCUCUAUCACAGAGGUACAAGAAUUAACCACUGUGAUAGCAACAGUCCAAUGGAAGCUUGCAGUAAAUGCGAUGGUGCAUAAUAAACAUGAUAUAAACAUAUUUAGGGACAAAAAAGAAAAUAUAUUUAUGACAAAAUUGCAAGUUUGAGUCAAAAGCAUUUUGCUUAUCUAGGACUCUUACAGCCUUACUUGCAGACACACACAGAAAUAAAAAUUUAAAAAACAUUUGGUCAAACAUUUGGUAUGGAGAAACGAUUUGUUUCGAUUAUAUACUUUUAAACAGUGGCGGAAAAUCUUCGAUUUAUCUACAGUCUUACUUCUCCAGAGCCGUGUAAACAAAGUUGAACCUUUCCAUUACUACUGUCUGACCAAAUGCUUCCCACAAUUGCACAAGUAAAUAGUGCAGUUCUCUGAGCAGCAUAUCGUGGGCGUGAAACUUGGUAACAAGAACUUGUAUAAAUUAUGUAUAUAUGUGAGCAUUUCUGAUUAAAUAUUACAUCAUAAAAUAACAGGUCCCAAUAAAGCUUGCGGGACCUGUUAUUUUGAUAGUUAGUCGCAUAUCUUGUAAACAAGUCAUACUGCUGAAGAUGAAUCAAACGAGUCUAAUGCCAGACAAUUUUACUUGUCUAAUGCCAGACAAUUUUAUUUGUCAAUGGGGAAGCUCUGCAGCUUAAUGGGUUAAAAUAAGAUGUGCCAUUAACAUGGGUAAGCAUUGUCAUUGAAUUUCCUAGAUAGCAUAUGGAAUUUUGUUUCAUUUAGUUGUUGAUUUCUUCAACCGAGUCAAUUUAAUUUAUGGCACUGUGUCAGAAUUUUGCACGUCAAUAACAUGUCCUGUUAUGUCGGGUGGUCCGAAGUAAGUAUAAAUAUCUCCAUGUCAAACAAAGAUGCGAGUUGAGAAGUGAGAGUUUGCAUGAAAAUUUUCUCUACAUUUGCCUCGGUCAAAUGAGAACAAGAUUUAUACAUGAGAGUUUGUCAGAGUUGCCCGGAUAUUACCAUGCACAUAGCAAAAACUCUUGUCAACACUUCAAACCAGCUCAAAGUUCAUGAGAGUGCACGCGAGUUGGUAGAAACAUGAUUCAGUGUUUCACUCUUAUCAACUCCCGUGUUCAUUUGACUGAGGCUUAAGUUCUUUGUAGGUUUCCAUGAGGAGAUUAAGGACAGUUCGAUUGUUUUGCUUUUAUGAAAACGCAAUGUCCUGUGGCGGACAUACGGUAAAAUGUGGAGGGUGUGAAUUCACCACAUAUUCUGUUUGUCUAUAGGUACGAGUAUCACUGGUCAGAUGGUACUAAAAGCAGGAAACCUAGAGCAGUGUCUGCUCCAGAAGUAAGCACUCACAAUUUUCCUCAGUUUCUAAAACUGUUCUCUCCCGAGGUCCAGUUUCUUCACAUGUGCUGUGGUGAAAUUAUUAUCAGACAACCAAAUAUUGCAGGAAUUGAAUUUACAUAUGCCAAUAUCUAAUGUUUAAAUGCUUUGUUAUAUCUUUUUUUAGUACAUGGAACUUUUAAUGGCUUGGAUAGAAACAUUGGUCAACAAUCCAGAUAUCUUUCCACCAGAUGACAGUAUGUAAUUUGAAAAAUUAAAACACUAUUGGUCCUUAACCCAUUGAGUGACAGCACUCUCCUCCUGACGAGUAAAAUCGUCUGGCGUUAGACAGAGUAAAAAAUACUAAAGUAAGGUGUAUCUAGGUGCAUUGCUACUUAAAGGGUUAAUUAACCCAUUGUGUCCCAGAACUCUCUCCUUGACUUGUAAAAUUGUUUGGUGGUAAGGCAGAUUUCCAGUCUUUGCAGCUCGCUGCGAGUGCAUGUAUGAGCACUUUCAUGAGCACUAAGCAGUUAAUUUUAAUUAGACGCAAGCACUCACAGCAAGCUGCGAGGUAGCCUGCGUGGCAGGCUGUAUUUCUACAGGCAGCGAAAAUUAGGGAGGCAAAGGAAAUACCUAAGUACCGCCUGCCAUGCAGGCUAGCUGCGAGGAGUUUCAUGCAAGGACUGGAAAUCCACCAGAGCAAAAUAAUGAAGUAGGGAACAUUAGUGUACCAGCUCUUGCCUUGAGGAGUAAAAUUGUCUGGCAUUACAGAGAGUAAAAUAAUCAUGUGAGAGAGCAAGGAGACCAAUGCACUUAAUGCCAAAACAUACUGUAGGAAAAUAUUGCAAUGUUUGUUUUUUUAUUAGGUAUACCAUUCCCAAAAGCAUUUUUACCAACAUGUAAGAAAGUUUUGACAAGACUAUUUAGAGUAUUUGUUCAUGUCUACAUCCACCAUUUUGAAAAGAUGGUGUCAAAAGGAGCAGUAAGUAUUCAUUGGAUUAUAUGUAUAAUAUUGAACCCAAGAUGCACCUGUUGGUCUUACUGGUAAAUGGUGUUUCAAUCCAUAUUCCAUGAUCACAAUAAAUGCACCAUUUACCAACACAGGAGUACCCAUAGAAAUAAUAGUAAUGAUGGACAAUAGCAAGUCCUCGGUAUUCAAUACCAGUUAUCCAUACCAUGAUGGGGUCAUAAACCACAAUCAUAGGCCAUUGAGGCAGACUUACAGAUGAGAUCAAAUAAGUGACAAAAAAGGGUUAGAGCGGUUUGCAGUUGUUUUUGCAAACAACAGGCACUGUGCAAAUUUUGCCAUUUCUCUUCCUUUUUGCCAAAUCAUGUGGUGUGCCAGCCUAGUCAGUGUAUAUAUUACGUUUUGGGUUUAUAGUGUUAUAUGUAGUAAUGAAUUUUUUCCGCACUGACUGGUAUUGAAAGUGACAUAUAGAAGCAAUUUAGGGUAACACUUCUGGUGUCAAAUGCGUUUAUUUUUUGGUAUCAGUAUCAACCAAUAGAGCUCCAAGUAUCAUCAGUAUUGAAUUAAAUCACAAACACAGCAUUAUUGCUUAUGUGAUACAGAGCAAGCCAUGUCAUGUGGAUUAAGACACUUGAGUUUUAGCAUGCUUUAUUUAUGACAGAACUAGCAACCUAGCAAAUUUGAAACGUCAACCUAGGUUUUAUUUUGGUUUGUUGACAACAAUUUUAUGUACAGCAAUUUCGAGAUAUCGUAUUCUUUCAUAAAUUUGGUGGCUCUUAAAAGAGCCGUUUGUUUUUUUACUUGGGAGGAAGCAAAUUACGCUUUCUUCUCGGUCUUCUUGGGCAAGAGGACGGCUUGGAUGUUGGGCAAAACACCACCUUGUGCGAUCGUGACACCAGACAGCAGUUUAUUCAAUUCCUCGUCAUUUCGUACGGCCAAUUGCAAAUGUCUUGGGAUGAUCCUGCUUUUCUUGUUGUCCCGGGCAGCGUUACCAGCCAACUCAAGGAUUUCAGCAGACAGAUACUCGAGGACAGCUGCCAAGUAAACUGGGGCACCAGCACCAACUCGCUCGGCGUAGUUGCCUUUCCUCAACAGACGAUGAAUACGACCGACUGGGAAUUGAAGUCCAGCUCUUGAUGAACGGGUCUUGGAUUUGGUUCCUUUAGCUUUGCCUUUACCACGUCCUGACAUCUUGCUUGAUUUGUUUUCUUCUUGAAAGUUUGCUUCCUUGUACUCUUGAAGAGAUAAAGUUUUCGAAUGAAAUAUUUGCUGUUUUCUUCGGCUUUUAUAGUCGAGAUCGGAUCAUUUGGGAAUAAAAUUGGAAUAAAUUAUGCACCUUUGCCCUCUUCGCAGAGGUUCGACUUCCAUUAACCAAUCACGUUAGAGGUGUUAAAGUAACGACCAAUCAGAACGCCAGUUGUUCUCCCAAGAGGUUAUCCUCGUUAAUAACUCACCGACCAAUGAGCUUCGCGAAUUCCUUUAUCCGGUCGUAUUCUCGUAUAUAAACAAAUUUCACCAAAUUUUCGAAACAUAAAUUUUAAAAAAUAUUGCAAAAAUAUAGAGGCAAAAUGCAAUGUAUUUCUUGUCCUUUUGCUCAUACCUAUGAUACCCUUUUCCCUGUAAUAUAAUCUUUGCGAAUUUUCACAAACAGUGUAUAUAUUUUUCGAAAAUUCUGUUUAUUAACGUAUAUAUUUUGUGUGAAUACAAAAUGCUAUGGCAUUGCAAAUUGCCAAGAGUCUUCGCAAAAUUCGAAUUUGAACUGUAUUUUAUAAUAUUGGUGGAAUACACCGCAUUUAUUCACACAGGAACUUUAUAACAGUAGCGAUAAGAUUAAUACACUGGGUGGAACGGGGGGUGGAAAGCCGAUUUCAAACGUAACUUUAUACUGAAGCCCAAUCUGUAAACCAACUAAUGGCAACUAUAAAACCCCUUACAUAUUAAACCAGUGGUAACUGGUAACCAACUAUCAAUCUAUCAUGCCUAUAAGUGUGUACUGAAAAUAUUUAAUUGGCCAAUGUUCACGUUACCAUGGAUUGUAAAAAUUGUUAUUUUACAAUCCAUGAUGCUGAAAAGAUUUAAUUGGCCAAGGUUCACAUUAAUAUGUUGCAGCAUUUCUGACUGCAUUUUGACUAAAACAAGACAUCCCCCUGCCCCCCCCCCCCGGCCAUCCCCCUCACAUGCACAACCCCAACAUUCAUUGAUAACCAUCGGCAUAUUUCAUAAUUUUAGUUUUAUUUCAAUUUUUAGGAAGCCCAUGUCAACCAGUGUUACAAACAUUUUUAUUUCUUUGUCACUGAGUUCAGCCUUGUGGAUAAAAAAGAACUGGAACCAUUAGUAAGUAAUUGUUGAAAUCAAAACUUUGUAUCAGGAACCCGGCAUGU